GACUUAUUGUGGGCGACUAAUCUCCCCAUGUGCCACUGCCCUAAGGGCAAGGGCACAUUAUGUGUAUAUCUGCUUCUCAGCCCUGUGUUUUUCAGUUGGGCUGAGAAGCAGAUCAGCCUAAAAGUCUGCUUUCGCAUUUUUAGACCAACCUCCACUCUGCUGUAUGUGCCCCCCUCAGGUGGUUAUUGUAAUUUAGUGCAGGCACAUGGUGCAGCGUAAGUUGAUCUGCUUCUCUCAGCCUGACGGAAAGUAGUGAUUAGGGAUGGGCAAAAUAAUUUGUGCGGCAAAAAAAAUUGCCACGCAACCGUAAAAUACAUUGCGUUACUUGAUGCGGGUUUCGCUUGCAUCAAACGGAGAUGCCUGCAUCAAAUUGCACAAUGUGUGCAAAUUUUACUGCAUCAUUUUGGUCAUCCCUGGUAGUAAUGGUUCUGGGCAUAUGUUUCUAAUCUAUUUUAAUAUCCAAUUUUACAGUAGCAAAGUUUCUCGAGAUACCCUAUAUGAAGCAGUGAGAGAAGUGCUGCAGGGAUCGAAGAAGAAGAAGAGAAAAUUCCUUGAAACCGUGGAACUUCAGAUCAGUCUCAAAAACUAUGAUCCUCAAAAGGACAAGCGUUUUUCUGGCACAGUCAGGCUGAAAUCCACUCCUCGUCCAAAAUUUUCAGUGUGUGUUUUGGGAGACCAGCAGCACUGUGAUGAAGCUAAAGCUGUUGAUUUACCCCAUAUGGAUAUUGAGGCACUUAAGAAGCUAAAUAAGAACAAGAAACUGGUCAAGAAGCUUGCUAAAAAGUAUGAUGCCUUUUUGGCUUCUGAGUCGCUCAUUAAGCAGAUCCCACGUAUUUUGGGGCCUGGACUGAAUAAGGCUGGAAAGUUUCCUUCCUUGCUCACUCACAAUGAAAAUCUUGUGGCAAAGGUGGACGAGGUCAAGUCCACUAUAAAGUUCCAGAUGAAGAAGGUGCUUUGUCUGGCUGUAGCAGUUGGGCAUGUAAAGUUGACUGAGGAAGAACUUGUUUACAACAUCCAUCUGUCUAUUAACUUCUUGGUUUCACUCUUGAAGAAAAACUGGCAGAAUGUGCGUGCUCUGUACAUAAAGAGCACAAUGGGCAAGCCACAACGCCUGUACUAAGUGUAAUAAAAUUCUUAUAAACUA